GCUCCCACAAUUCAACAGGCAACAAAGGAAGAAAGGAAGAGAGGCCGAGAGCUACACACUGUUAGCUAACCUGGACACACAGGAAUCACCUUAUUGUGUCUCUCUGGUUGGAAAUAUAGAGCUUUGUGUUUAGAGAAGAACCACACCUGGCUUUAUAAAGGCGUUAUACCUUUGUCAGUGUUCAGAGGGAUGACCAAAGGGGAUGUUACGACUGCUAAUGCAAGCUAAAACUAGCUAAGCUAACUAGCUAAUCGUGCAGGAGCGACCCUUCAUAAACGUGUUGUUUUUCGUGACAAAUGCCCACAUCUCUGGGUUAUUUUAUCUGGUAAUACAAGCACAAUUGACCGGCAUCAAAUGAAAGGAGGUGGAAGUGGAACUUGACCCAUUCAACUGAGUCACCAUUUUCCUGCACAUAAUGGGUGUGAUGGCUCCACUGUAUGCAUGACUUGUUCCGUGUGGCCUGAUGGGAGGACGCUGUGGAUAGUACUUUCAUCGGGAUACCAGGAGAGCCAACCCAUGCCCCCGCUUCGGAGGGCCUGUCAGAAUGAAGAAGAUAAGCCUUAAGACCAUCCGCAAGUCCCUCAGCAUAAAGGGCAAGGAGGAGGGCGACUUCGUCAUGCUCCAGCAGCCCUCGGUGACGACAGAGUUUUCGAAGGAAGAGUCACUUUUUGGGGGCUGCUACACCAAAGAGCUUUCCGGCUGUGACCUUGGCGGCGAGGAGGACAAAGGCGGUCAGAAUAAGGCCCGCACGAAGAGCGAGGGCCUGAUGGGAUCUCUGAAGAGGAGACUGUCUGCCAAGCAGAAGGCCAAAGCAAAAGGCAGCUCCUCCGCCAUAGGCUCUGUGGACGAUGAUGAGGACACCUUCUCUUCCUCUUCUGCGCCCAUCGGCUUCAGCGAAGUGAAAGCUCAGAGACCCCUUAGAUCUGCAUCCCUGCGGAGCCACCAUUACAGCCCAUCGCCGUGGCCCCUGCGGUCAGUAAACUCUGAAGAGGCGUGCAUCAAGAUGGAGGUAAAAGUUAAAGCCAUGGUUCACUCUCCCAGCCCGAGUCCAAACCUAAACGGUGUCCGGAGGGAGUUUCAUGACUUUCAAAUGGAAGGGCUCUUUCAGGAACAAGCUGAAUCCUUAAAGAACCUCCAGCAGCCUCAAAACGGGGAGCUGCAUCUGAAUAUUGAUGAAAAUGACGUGCCUGUGGUGCUGGGGUUGACUCCCCAGGACUACAUCCAGUACACGAUGCCUUUAGAUGAGGGAAUGUACCCCGAGGGGUCCCACUCCUUCUGCCUGGACAGCUCCUCUCCUAUGGAGGUGGUGACUGAAGCCGACAGUGCGUCCCUCCACGCGGACCAGGGGCAGGAGGAGCAUGAACUGGUGAGUGGGCUGCCUCCAGACCUCUUCAUGGAAACCUCAGUGAAUAGUCUUCUCCUCGGUUCUGCCGGUGUGAUGCUCCAAAGCUCCAGAGGAGAGGUGCCCCCUCCCCUUUCUCCACUCCUGCCGCCCAUGAUUAGCAAUGUUCUUAUUCCACGGACGUUUUCGGGGUUCAGCUCUGCAGACAGCCAGGUCGCCGAGAGGGUAAGACACCACCUCAACUUCGACCCGAAUUCAGCUCCCGGGGUGAGUCGGGUGUACGACUCGGUGCAGAGCAGCGGGCCAAUGGUGGUCACCAGCCUGACGGAGGAGCUGAAGAAACUGGCGAGGCAGGGCUGGUACUGGGGCCCCAUCACACGCUGGGAGGCGGAGGAGAAGCUGGUGAACCUGGCUGACGGCUCCUUCCUGGUCAGGGACAGCUCGGACGACCGGUACCUGCUCAGCCUGAGCUUCAGGUCGCAGUGCAAGACUCUGCACACCCGCAUCGAACACUCCAACGGACGCUUCAGCUUCUACGAGCAGCCGGACGUGGAGGGACACACGUCCAUCGUCGACCUCAUCGAACACUCCAUCAGAGACUCGGAGAACGGAGCUUUCUGCUACUCUAGGUCUCGCUUACCGGGAUCUGCAACAUACCCCGUCAGACUAACCAACCCAGUGUCUCGGUUUAUGCAAGUGCGCUCCCUGCAGUACCUCUGUCGCUUCGUCAUCAGACAGUACACGAGGAUAGACCUUAUCCAGAAACUGCCCUUACCGAACAAGAUGAAAGACUACCUGCAGGAGAAGCACUACUGAGGACGCAGAGACAGGACGGCGGUAGCAAUUUGCACUUUUGUGUUCAGUUAAGAGAUUUAAACAAGGUUUACAGACGACCACGGUUUGGAGACGAUGGGUUCUGUUGGCUCUUGAUUUCUGUCAAUGUUCAGUCCUCCAUUCCACUGCUCUGGGUUUUUCUCCACGCUGGUUUUCGGAGGCUCUACUCCCAGAACAACAUAGUCCAGCACAUAAUCGAUUGCAAAAAAUAUAGAAGAGGUAUACAGCCAAGUUGUCUUAGAUGCAUACACUAAGUGCAGACAUAGGGAUGUAAAGUGAAGUAACAUCCAGCUGUUCAAAGAUUAUCGCCAUUUGCUUUUAAGUUGAGCCUGAAGGGACAGUUCCUUUAAUUUUGUCCUCCUAAUUGUACAUUUAAAAGACAAUUUCAAUUACGUUUUUACAUCAAGUGUUAAACCUCCUGCAGACUGACACAUUCUGACCUUCUCUUGCUUUUUAUUACUCAUGUUUUCUGCAUAACCAGACUGAGAAUAAGAAAAUCAUUCUGCAUCCAUACUAUGCAACCAGUCAAACAUAGGACACACUUCACCAGAUUUUUGCUAACUCACUAAAGUAACUGCUUAUCCAGUGGAUGCACUCAGGUAUUAUCAGAUUUUUGAGUUGUUUCCUACCUUCAGUUGUACAAUCAUGGACUUUUAUAAACAUCGAUGCUUAUUGCUUAAACAAAAAUACACUACCGUUAUCAAUUGAAAAUACAUUAAAACCGUAUAAAUCAGAGCCAUUUCCACACCAUGUUCUUGGAAGAGGUGUCCAAAAUGUGCCAGUCUGAGAGGGUUUGAGGAGAGGAGUUUAAAUAGUGUGGCUGCAUGAAGCCAUUUUGUAAUGUGCAAACCUAAAGGUACUGACAAUGCUGGAUUUUUAAUGUGCUGUUUGUAAGGAACAGCAUCACCUAGAUGUGUAAACCUUUUUCUAAAUAUGUUACCAUUUUAAAAGUUAAAUCUGUGUGCAUUAGGAAUGUUAAAACCGCAGCUCAGGCCUAACAAGUGUUUCUGUGAUGCUUGUGUCUGCAUGUAGGAAAGGAGGAGCAUGUGGGAGGAAACGUCACAGCUUCGAGGAGCAAUGCAGCUGUUUAAUGCACAAUUGCAUUUACCUAAGGCAGGUUAUAUGUAGAGAAAAGUGCCCGUAAUUGACCUAAAUCAGGAUGUAGUUAUGGCUGUUUUCUCUUAAAACGAUCUGGACAGAGAUCAGAAGAUUCUUGGAAAUAUUGUGAGAUAACGUCGUAUGAUUUUGGAAAGUCAGGGUCAAGUCCUCCUCGCCAUCUUGGAGCGAUGCCAGGGUUAAUCACGGCUGCAUGGCAUCAUAUAGGUUUAUACUACAUUUUUAACCAUAGCUUAUUCACACUGUCCCCACAGAUUGUCUGUACUAAAGGGAAGAGCACAGUAUGCAUCGCAAGUGCUUUACAGAGAUACUAUGACAGGGAAUUUCACACAAUGAAUUUCUUUUUGGAAAACGGUCCCGCGGACAAAUUUUGGUAGGUCGUUAGCGCAUAGUUUUAGAAACGUGUCUGAGGAAGUCUAGCACAGCAGAAUUAGAUAGGAACUUUGAACGGUGUUGCAUGUUUAAAGACUUUUUGAAGCUUUGAGUUGUAUAGGGCUGAAGGAUCUAGGUCGUGUGUUUGGCUGUGUAGAGGGAAGGCUUUUCAAACAUGGGCUGGACAUUCUGUGUAAAGCAUAUUCUUGUCUUCGUAGGAUCCCGUCUGCGAGUUUGUUUUGUGACACUUGCCAUCUGGGGGAUUGGGCUGUACGCUUGUUAUUUGAGGUGAUCAUUUUAUCUGCAGAACAGUUUCAGAAAGCAUGAGAAUCACAAAACUACAUUUGUCACAUUUUUUGCACUUGAAAAUUCUCCACUGACGAGCUCGGAUCCACUCCUGCCUCGAGUUGUCCUUCAGAUGGCAAGGAAAUAAAGUCACACGCUCGUCCGUCUGUGUUCAUAUAACUGUUUGGAUCAAAAAGCAGACUGUUUUUGUCAUAUCUUGGGAUAUAAAGGGUAAGGCACCAGCGUCAUAUCAAAGCCUCUGCUUAUGCUCAAAGGAAUGGGAUCAUGGAAACAACAUGGAUGUAAAUUUGACUUUUUAUUUCCUGUGUUUGUUUCAGUUGAAAUGUGAAAGUGAAAUGUUAGUCUUUUUUAAUACAAUGUUCCUUUUUAAUUGAAUUUUAAUUUGUCAGAUUUCGACGCGCAGGAACCAGUGUUGCUGCUGGGACUUUUUUCUAAAAUACUGACAUAGUUUAUGACUUAUUGCCUUCAAUGUUUGAUUCCAGA